AUGACCUCCUACAAUAAGUUGGUUAAAGGUGCGACUAAGGUCAAGAUGGCACCUCCCAAGCAAAAAUAUGUGGAUCCGAUCCUCUUGGGUACGGCAAACCCGAUGGAAUUCGAACAGAUUGUAUCUCAAUUGACAGCUCGUAUUAAUAAUUGUAAUAUUUGGUCAGUGGUCUAUAAGACGUUGAUUGUGGUCCAUUUGAUGAUUUCCAUUGGGGAACAAGGUGUUACUUUACGUUAUUUCGCCAAGAAUUUAGAAUUUUUCAAUUUAGAAAGGAUCUUAAAUUCAAGUAAAUGGUCUCAAAAUGAUUUAGUAGCUUUACAAAGGUACGAUAAUUAUUUGAAAAUUAGGUGUAGGGAAUUCGGUAAGUAUAAACUGGAUUUCAUUAGAGAUGCUCAUGUGUUUUUAAACAAAGAUAACAAUUUAGGUUUAGAGAUGGUAGAAUCUAUCUUGGAUAUUAUUAAAACCCUGGUUAGAAAUAGAUAUUCCAGCUAUGAUUUACAGAAUAAUCCAGUGUUGAUGUAUGCCUUCAAAUUAUUGAUUCAAGACUUGUUGGCUUUGUAUAAUGUAUUGAAUGAAGGUGUCAUUAACUUACUAGAAUCCUUUUUCGAUUUGGAUUACAAAGAUGCUGAAUGGACAUUGACUGUAUAUAAGGAUUUUGUCGAUACUACUGAAGAUGUAGUGGCGUAUUUGAAGAUCGGGAAGUCUGUUGGUAUGCAGAUUCCUGUUAUCAAACAUAUUACAACAAAACUGAUUAGAUCUUUAGAAGAUCAUUUGCAUAAUACAAAACAACAACCACAGUCACAAUCCCAAAAUAUUAAUAAAUUGAAAACAAAUGAUACAAAUAACAGUAGUAAGUCCGCUGCAGAACAGCGACUACAACAAAUUAGAGAACAAAAACGUAUUUUACAACAACAACUUCAAGAAAGUAAUCAGCAACAACAAUCUUUAAGAACACCGACAGUUCCACAACAACAGGGAUUUUUAAAUAAUCCCUUUACUCCCGAAUUAACUACCCCUAACACCAGAAUAUCAUCCAUGGCAUCACCUCAAUCAUAUAAUCCCUUCACUCCGGAAUGGACAGGUAACUUAACCAACGGUACUGCAAAUGUAAAUGUAAAUAACACAGGGAUGUUUACCUUUGAAACUUUACAACCUCAGCAGUUAGUAACUACACCGACCAACAACCCAUUUUUAAUGCAACAUGAAAUGCAGCAGCAACAGCAACAGCAACAGCAGCAACAGAAUUUUAUGAAUCAACCCUACACUCAAGGAUACAAUAACAUAUGA